CGCCAAAACAACGAUGAUUUUUCCAGAGUUAGUGGGGAAUCGAGUGUUGAAUUGGCUUCUAAGACAAGCUUAAUCAUUGGACAUUGCAAAAAGUUUAAGCUUUUAUUUUUCAUUCCUUUACUUGCCUCUCUCUCUCUCUCCAUGAUAACUUGUUGGGAUUUUUGUGGGAAAAAGUGGUGGUUGGAUUGAGUGCAAAGCAAUAAUAUUGAGCUAGUAUGAAAAUAUCAGUCUUGGUUUAGUGUCAUCCCUUGAGAAUUGCAGGUUUUGUGUGUUCAGUUUUCUAGGAAGUUUAUAAAGAAUUAUAUUUUCAUUUGAUAGAGAGUGCAGCAAUGGCAGCCUUCCGGCUGCUUCUCCGCAAUGUGGUCCUCUUGUCAUGGAUCAGUUUAAUCUACUCUGGGGCGAACCCGCAAGAUGCUGCUGUACUCCGAGCAUUGAAAGAUCAAUGGGGAAACAUGCCUCCUAGUUGGGAUAAAUCAGACGAUCCUUGUGGAGCAUGGGAUGGUAUUACCUGCAACAAUGCCACCUUAAAGGUCACUGCAAUAGGACUAUCAACAAUGGGACUAACAGGAACCAUGACUGGUGAUAUUGGGGGGCUCACCGAACUAAUUUCCUUGGACUUGUCAUUCAACCCUGGCCUCACAGGUCCACUUUCUCCACGGCUAGGAGAUCUGCGAAGCUUGAACAUAUUAAUUCUGUCAGGGUGUAGCUUUUCUGGCAAUAUACCAAGUGAAUUGGGAAACCUUGCAAACCUGUCUUUUCUAGCGCUUAACAACAAUAACCUAACUGGGAAUAUUCCACAUUCCCUUGGCAAACUUUCCGAACUCUACUGGCUCGACCUAGCUGAAAAUGAGUUGACAGGGUCUCUCCCUGUAUCAACACAAUUAUUCAAUCCACUGUGA